AUGAUAAUCAGUAAAGCUCAACACGAAGUGGAUCUGAAACACCAAAGACUAGCUAUCCCGAUAGUCUUAGCUGGAGAUGGAGAGAAAGAAACAAAUCCAAGGAGGGAGAAAGCAAGAAUGGGUAUUCACUCGGUGCUUUACUCCGUCUUGCUAUUUUGGCUAAUACAAGCAGGAGCAUCGCAAGACGGCCGUGGUUGUGUGGAAACAUGUGGGAAGAUUAUUAUUCCAUACCCAUUCGGGAUUAAACCCGGCUGCUACACAAAUACGUGGUUUAGAGUAACUUGCAAUGAAACUGUCAACGGGCAAAAGCCUUUCAUCAAUCGCAUCAAUCUGGAGCUGCUGGGUUCGUACUCGACACGCAACGCGAUCGUCAACGGUCCAGUAACUUAUGUCAACUGCGGUAAUAAAGAUAAUAAGGGUGCCGCCACUAGUGUCAACCUAACAGGGACUCCAUUUUUCUUCCCACGUAGAUUCAACAUGUUAGGGUCUCUGGGUUGCGGCAAUUUGGCUACGUUUUCUAAUCAAACCGAUCCUAUUGGUGGCUGCAUACAACCAAGAUGUGGCGACGUGGCUUCUAAAGUUGGCUGCUACGCCCUAUUUUCUGAAAAUCUAACUUCCUAUACUGCAAACAUGACAAGGUUUUAUCCUGCUAAUAAGGACAGCAACAGAUGCAGUUCUGUUUUCAUGUUUGACUGGGGCAUGCUGGAUCUAGAUUUGGCGCUUCCCCAUGAAAUAAACAUUGAUACGACACAUGUUCCUGCAACGUUGGAGUGGAACCCCGUCAAAUGCGAUUUGGAAGCCACAUUAUGCCAAGAACCAAGCGCAGUACCUCAUAAGCCUAACUGUACAAAAAAAUGUGGAAAUGUUGAAAUUACAUACCCAUUUGGUAUGGAAGCCAGCUGUUAUAUGAAUGAUUGGUUCAGAGUAACAUGCAAUGAAACCACAGGUGGACCAAAGCCUUUCAUAAGUAGAAUCAAUCUGCCACUACUCUCUGUUUCAUUUUUCGAAGGCAGCGUUCUGGUCAACAAUUCAGUAACAUAUUUCAACUGCCGCAACAAGGAAAACAGUGGGGUUAGUGUCAACCUAACGGGCAGCCCCUUUUUCUUCUCAAAUAUCAAGAAUAGAUUCGGGGCUACAGGUUGCGGUAGUUUGGCUGCUAUGUUUCUCAAUAGUGGAACUGAUGUUUAUACUGUUGGUGGCUGCCUGCUACCCCGUUGUAGUAAUACUAUGACUUCCAACGGUGGCUGCCUUAUGCUAAUUCCUCCGCGCCUCCGUUCUUUUGUUCCAAAAAUGAAAGAGAUUUAUCCUAGUAAUGGCAGCAACAGAUCAUGCGGAUCUGCUUUCAUGAUUGACUUAAGUUUGUUGGAUUCAUAUGGCACCUCCUUUCGAGACCCCCAUGAGAUAAGCAGUAUGACGCAAGUUCCUACAACACUCCAAUGGGCCACACCAAAAUUAGGGCUAUGUGAGUUGAGAGAAGGUUCAAGUAUCUCUUGUAGUCCUGAUGGUCAAUAUUGUUGGACAGCCUUGAGUUCCGAGCAUCUAUGUGUUUGCAGCAACACCGACUUCAACAUAGAAGACAAUUACUCUAUGGAUGGCUGCGGUGAAGCAGGCAAAUGUCGAUAUUUAAAAUAUAGGAACUGUCACAUACUUUGUUUGAAUGCUCCUGGCAACUAUUGUUCGUCGCCAUGCCCUGAUACAUACGUAUACAAUAGUACUGAAGAUAUGUGCAAGCCAAUAGAACAUAAUUCACCAACAUAUCUGGCCAAAAAAUCUCGGGAGUGGGCAAUUAUUAUAGGUUGUAGCACAAGUAUUGGGACACUGUUUCUACUCCUUAGUACAUGGCGUAUGUACAAAGUACUGAAAAGAAGAAAAAAUAUCAAGCUUAAGCAGAAAUACUUUAAAAGGAAUGGAGGUUUACUGCUACAACAGCAAUUAACCAGCAAUGAUGGUAAUGUUGAAAACAUAAGGUUGUUUACUUCAAAGGAGUUAGAAAAGGCCACAGAUUACUAUAACGAGAAUCGAAUCCUUGGUCAUGGAGGUCAAGGAAUUGUUUACAAAGGAAUGCUAACGGAUGGAAGCAUUGUAGCUAUUAAGAAGUCUAAAAUGGUGGAAAAGGAGAAAUUAGAUGAAAUGAAGCUUCAACAAUUCAUCAAUGAGGUGAUAAUUUUAUCACGAAUUAACCAUAGAAAUGUGGUUAAACUUUUAGGAUGUUGCCUAGAAAUAGAAGUCCCUUUGUUAGUGUAUGAGUUUGUCUCAAAUGGAACGCUCUCUCAACUCAUACAUGACAAAAAUGAAGAAUUUCCACUGACAUGGGAAAUGCGUCUACGAAUUGCAACAGAAAUUGCGAAUGCUUUAUCUUAUUUGCAUUCAGCUGCUUCUGUCCCUAUUUAUCAUCGAGACAUAAAAUCUAGCAAUAUACUUUUGGAUGAUAAAUAUAGAGCGAAAGUGUCAGAUUUUGGAAUUUCAAAAUCAAUUGCACUUGACCAGACUCAUUUGACCACUCGAGUACAAGGAACUUUCGGAUAUUUGGAUCCGGAGUACUUUCGAUCAAGUCAAUUUACAGAGAAAAGCGAUGUUUAUAGUUUUGGAGUUGUUCUUGUUGAACUUUUAACGGGACAAAAACCUGUCUCCUCAACACAAUCAGAGGAAGUAAGAAGCUUGGUACCUUUUUUUCUGCUUUCCAUAAAGGAGAAUUCCGUAUUUGAUAUUCUCGAUCCACAAGUAAUGAAUGAUGGUCCACAAGAAGAGAUCAUAGCAGUUGCUAAGCUAGCAAAAAGAUGCUUGAACCUUAAUGGACAGAAAAGGCCCACAAUGAAACAAGUUGCAACGGAGUUGGAGCGGAUUAAAGUGUCAGAAGAUGCUAAUGUCAUUCAACAAAGUGAUGCUGAAGAUUCUGACAUAGAUGACACGAUUGAACCUUGGGUUGUGGCUUCUUGUUCAACUAAUUUACCAUCAAAUGCAUAA